AUGCUAAGAGAACUGGUGGUGGACCACCCCCUGAUGAUCUUACUGUAAUGGAAAAGAGGAUUCUACAAUUAAUUCCUGCCUGUGCUAUUGAGGGGAUUCAAGGAGGCAUAGAAACACCUGUCUUCAGCAUGAUUCCAUCUAUUGCUGAUGAAGCUGAAGAAACAACAUUUCUCUUUGAUUCUCAACAGGAAGUGUUCUUCACACCAGUAACUGCCACAGAUACAGAAGGCAGUUGUGGAGCUAGCACAGAUAAGGACCAAGCUUGUGUGGUGGACACAAUGGUCACUCCUGCUAUUGAAAAAAGAAAACCUAAAGGGAAGCCUCCGGUAAAGAAAACAUCAAAUGAAGAAGACAUUCUGGGAGAAAUCAAAUCCUUCAAGCACAGGAAGAAAGAAAGAUGUAUCUUUUGGAAGAAAUUCUGUCUGUGCAGCGGGACAUCCGGGACAUCCAAAGACAAAGGCUGGAUCUGGAACGAGAGAAAUUUGAAUAUAAAAAAUCAUUUGGAAAUUCAUUGUCUCCAAUUAUCAAAUUUAAUUAAAGGCACAUGUUUACUUGUGCUGAUGAAAGUUUUCAUGUGUUUGUUUUCUUAUUUGGAUAAAACAUAUGUAUGUAAAAAAUAUAUUUUCCAUAAACACUAAAAAUACUAUAAUGGAGGAUUCACAAGUGUUUCUAUAAAGUGGUUCAGGAUUUUGAAAAACCUGCUACCUUGCCACUUCAG